GGAGUGUCACAUGACAUAACGCACUUUUAGCACCCACUGCUAGCACCCACUCUGUGCAUUUGCUCUGAUUUGGGCAUAUUUCCUGCCUCUCCUAAGCAGAUAGCAGCUCACCUUGGUUAAUGCCAUUAAACCGUAGACCACUCAGCUGCUAAUAAACCAGGAAGAAACCCGGGCCGUGCUAGGACUAGAAAUGUCCAUCCCUACCCCCAACCCCCUUAACACAGUGACUAGGCCGGAAUUCUCCAGGUUGAUAAAUGAGAGGAGCUGAGGAGCCGCUGUGAUGACGGUUCCGAGAAUCUGAUUUGUGAGAAGGCAAGAAUCUCCAGGAGCACCAUGGAGAUGCUUUUGGAAAGCGGGCCAGCCUACCUGCCGGAAGGAGGACGAGAGAAAGGGGGCAAGGCAGAGAGAAACGCUUAAGAGAUGGCCUGGAGGUGCCCAAAAAGGGACAUUUGAAAAGGAAACGGAGGCCGCAUCUCGGGGAAACCUCGGAGGAACAGGAAGCCACCCACCACCAUGAGCAGCACCCUGUCACCCACUGACUUCGACAGCUUGGAGAUCCAGGGCCAGUACAGUGACAUCAACAACCGCUGGGACCUGCCUGACUCAGAUUGGGACAAUGACAGCAGUUCAGCCCGCCUCUUUGAGAGAUCCAGAAUUAAGGCCCUGGCAGAUGAGCGAGAAGCGGUGCAGAAGAAAACCUUCACCAAGUGGGUGAACUCCCACCUGGCCCGGGUGACAUGCCGGGUGGGAGACCUGUACAGCGACCUGCGGGACGGGCGCAACCUCCUGAGGCUCCUGGAGGUGCUCUCGGGAGAGACCCUGCCAAAACCCACCAAGGGCCGAAUGCGGAUUCACUGCCUGGAGAAUGUAGAUAAAGCGCUGCAGUUCCUGAAGGAGCAGAAAGUGCACUUGGAAAACAUGGGCUCCCAUGACAUUGUGGAUGGGAACCACCGUCUGACCCUUGGGCUAGUGUGGACCAUCAUCCUCCGAUUUCAGAUCCAAGACAUCAGUGUGGAGACAGAAGACAACAAGGAGAAGAAGUCAGCCAAGGAUGCCCUGCUGCUGUGGUGCCAGAUGAAGACUGCAGGAUAUGCCAAUGUCAAUGUGCACAACUUUACCACCAGUUGGAGAGAUGGGCUGGCCUUUAAUGCCAUCGUACACAAACACCGGCCAGACCUGUUGGAUUUUGAGUCUCUAAAGAAAUGUAACGCACACUACAAUCUGCAGAAUGCUUUCAAUCUGGCUGAAAAGGAACUCGGCCUGACGAAGCUCCUGGAUCCUGAAGAUGUGAAUGUAGACCAACCCGAUGAGAAGUCCAUCAUUACCUACGUGGCGACUUACUACCACUACUUCUCUAAGAUGAAGGCCCUGGCUGUGGAAGGCAAAAGAAUUGGCAAGGUCCUGGACCAUGCCAUGGAGGCAGAGCACCUGGUAGAGAAAUAUGAGUCCCUGGCCUCUGAACUACUGCAGUGGAUUGAGCAAACGAUUGUGACCCUCAAUGACCGACAACUGGCCAAUUCCCUGAGUGGAGUCCAGAACCAGCUGCAGUCUUUCAACUCCUAUCGCACCGUGGAGAAGCCACCCAAGUUCACAGAGAAAGGGAACUUGGAGGUGUUGCUCUUCACCAUCCAGAGCAAGCUGCGGGCCAACAACCAGAAGGUCUACACGCCACGUGAAGGCCGGCUCAUCUCAGACAUCAACAAGGCCUGGGAGCGGCUAGAGAAAGCUGAACAUGAGCGAGAGCUGGCCCUGCGCACAGAGCUGAUCCGCCAGGAGAAGCUGGAACAACUGGCUGCUCGCUUCGACCGCAAGGCUGCUAUGCGGGAGACCUGGCUCAGUGAGAACCAGCGCCUUGUGUCCCAGGACAACUUUGGGCUGGAGCUGGCAGCGGUGGAAGCUGCAGUGCGGAAGCAUGAAGCGAUUGAGACAGACAUUGUGGCCUACAGUGGCCGGGUGCAGGCGGUGGACGCCGUAGCUGCAGAACUGGCUGCUGAGCACUACCAUGACAUUAAGCGCAUUGCGGCACGGCAGAACAACGUGGCCCGGCUCUGGGACUUCUUACGGGAGAUGGUGGCUGCCCGCCGUGAGCGACUUCUUCUCAACCUGGAGCUGCAGAAAGUGUUUCAGGACCUGCUCUACCUCAUGGACUGGAUGGCAGAGAUGAAGGGCCGACUGCAGUCCCAGGACCUGGGCAAGCACCUGGCUGGAGUGGAGGACCUCCUGCAGCUACACGAACUGGUGGAGGCGGACAUUGCAGUUCAGGCUGAGAGGGUGCGAGCAGUCAGCGCCUCUGCCCUGCGCUUCUGCGACCCAGGGAAAGAGUAUAGACCGUGUGACCCACAGCUGGUGUCAGAGAGGGUAGCCACUCUGGAGCAGAGCUACGAGGACCUGUGUGAAUUGGCAGCAACUAGAAGGGCCCGACUGGAAGAGUCACGUCGUCUCUGGAGGUUCCUCUGGGAAGUGGGUGAGACCGAGGCCUGGGUUCGGGAACAGCAGCACCUCCUGGCCUCAGCUGAUACAGGCCGGGACCUGACUGGAGUCCUCCGCCUGCUCAACAAGCACACAGCCCUACGGGGUGAGAUGAGUGGCCGUCUGGGGCCCCUGAAGCUCACCCUGGAACAAGGUCAGCAGUUAGUUGCUGAGGGCCACCCUGGAGCCAACCAAGCCUCAACCCGUGCAGCUGAGCUCCAGGCCCAGUGGGAGCGACUAGAAGCCCUGGCCGAGGAGCGAGCCCAGCGGCUAGCACAGGCUGCCAGCCUCUACCAGUUCCAGGCAGAUGCGAAUGACAUGGAGGCCUGGUUGGUGGAUGCACUACGCCUCGUAUCUAGCCCCGAGGUAGGGCACGAUGAGUUCUCCACACAGGCCCUGGCCAGGCAGCACAGGGCCCUUGAGGAAGAGAUCCGAGCCCACCGGCCUACACUGGAUGCCUUGAGGGAGCAGGCUGCAGCCCUGCCACCUGCACUAAGCCACACACCUGAGGUACAGGGCAGGGUGCCCUCUCUGGAGCAGCACUAUGAGGAGCUGCAGGCCCGAGCCGGUGAGCGUGCACGAGCCCUGGAGGCAGCCCUGGCACUCUAUACCAUGCUCAGUGAGGCUGGGGCCUGUGGGCUCUGGGUAGAGGAGAAGGAGCAAUGGCUCAACGGGCUGGCCCUACCUGAGCGCCUGGAGGACCUGGAGGUGGUCCAGCAGAGGUUUGAGACCUUGGAACCUGAAAUGAACACCCUGGCUGCACGGGUUACUGCUGUCAAUGACAUAGCUGAGCAGUUGCUGAAGGCCAGUCCACCAGGCAAGGACCGCAUCAUUGGCACCCAGGAGCAGCUCAACCAAAGGUGGCAGCAGUUUCGGUCCCUGGCAGAUGGCAAAAAGGCAGCUCUGACAUCCGCCCUGAGCAUCCAGAAUUACCACCUAGAGUGUACAGAGACCCAGGCCUGGAUGAGAGAAAAGACCAAGGUGAUUGAGUCGACCCAGGGCCUGGGCAAUGAUCUAGCUGGUGUGCUGGCCUUGCAGCGGAAGUUGGCGGGUACUGAGAGAGAUCUGGAAGCCAUCUCUGCCCGGGUGGGUGAGCUGACCCAAGAGGCAAAUGCCUUGGCUGCUGGGCACCCAAUCCAAGCCCCUGCCAUCAACACCCGGCUUGGAGAGGUACAAGCUGGAUGGGAGGAUCUUCGGGCAACCAUGAGGCGGAGAGAAGAGUCCCUGGGUGAGGCUCGGCGGCUGCAGGAUUUUCUGCGCAGCUUGGAUGACUUCCAGGCCUGGCUAGGCCGCACACAGACUGCUGUAGCCUCUGAAGAAGGGCCAGCCACCCUUCCUGAGGCAGAAGCCCUCUUAGCCCAGCAUGCAGCUCUUCGGGGAGAGGUGGAGAGAGCCCAGAGCGAGUACAGCCGCCUCAGGACCUUGGGCGAGGAGGUGACCAGAGACCAGGCCGAUCCCCAAUGCCUCUUCCUCAGACAGAGGCUGGAAGCCCUUGGAACCGGCUGGGAGGAGCUGGGUCGCAUGUGGGAGAGCAGGCAAGGCCGCCUGGCCCAGGCCCAUGGUUUCCAGGGGUUUUUGAGAGAUGCUCGCCAGGCUGAGGGCGUUCUCAGCAGCCAGGAAUAUGUUUUAUCUCACACGGAGAUGCCAGGGACACUCCAAGCAGCAGAUGCAGCCAUUAAAAAGCUGGAAGACUUCAUGAGCACCAUGGACGCCAAUGGAGAGCGCAUCCGUGGACUCCUGGAGGCUGGACGUCAGCUGGUGUCCAAGGGCAAUAUCCAUGCUGAGAAGAUCCAGGAGAAGGCAGACUCCAUUGAGAAGAGGCACAAAAAGAAUCAGGAGGCGGUGCAACAGCUUUUAGGACGCCUUCGGGACAACCGAGAACAGCAGCACUUCUUGCAAGACUGUCAGGAGCUGAAACUCUGGAUUGACGAGAAGAUGUUGACAGCUCAGGAUGUGUCCUAUGACGAGGCUCGCAACCUGCACACCAAGUGGCAAAAACACCAGGCAUUUAUGGCUGAGCUGGCAGCCAACAAGGACUGGCUGGACAAAGUGGACAAGGAAGGGCGGGAGCUGACUCUUGAAAAGCCAGAACUCAAAGUCCUAGUGUCAGAGAAGCUGGAGGACCUGCACAGGCGCUGGGAUGAACUGGAGACCACUACCCAAGCCAAGGCCCGCAGUCUCUUUGAUGCCAACCGGGCGGAGCUGUUUGCCCAAAGCUGUUCUGCCCUGGAGAGCUGGCUGGAGAGCCUGCAGGCCCAGCUGCACUCAGAUGACUAUGGCAAAGACCUCACCAGUGUCAACAUUCUGCUCAAGAAACAACAGAUGCUGGAACGAGAGAUGGCUGUGAGAGAGAAGGAGGUAGAGGCGAUCCAGGCCCAGGCCCAGGCCCUAGCCCAGGAAGACCAGAGUGCAGGGGAGGUAGAAAGGACCUCAAGAGCUGUGGAGGAGAAGUUCAGGGCCUUGUGUCAACCCAUGAAGGAACGCUGCCGGCGCCUGCAAGCCUCCCGAGAGCAGCACCAGUUCCACCGGGAUGUGGAGGAUGAGAUAUUGUGGGUGACUGAGCGGCUUCCCAUGGCCAGCUCUCUGGAACAUGGCAAGGACUUGCCCAGCGUCCAGCUUCUCAUGAAGAAAAACCAGACCCUGCAGAAGGAGAUCCAGGGCCAUGAGCCCCGGAUUGCAGACCUCAAAGAGAGGCAGCGCACUCUAGGAACAGCAGCAGCAGGUCCAGAGCUGGCUGAGCUCCAGGAAAUGUGGAAACGCCUGAGCCAUGAGCUGGAGCUUCGGGGUAAGCGACUGGAGGAAGCCCUUCGAGCCCAGCAAUUCUAUCGUGAUGCUGCAGAGGCCGAGGCUUGGAUGGGUGAGCAGGAGUUACACAUGAUGGGCCAGGAAAAGGCCAAGGAUGAGCUGAGUGCCCAGGCAGAAGUGAAGAAGCAUCAGGUAUUGGAACAAGCCCUUGCUGACUAUGCCCAGACCAUCAAACAGCUAGCAGCCAGCAGUCAAGAUAUGAUUGACCAUGAACAUCCAGAGAGCACAAGGUUAACAAUACGCCAAGCCCAGGUGGACAAACUGUACGCCAGCCUAAAGGAGCUGGCAGGAGAGCGGCGCGAGCGCCUGCAGGAGCACUUGCGGCUGUGCCAGCUCCGCAGAGAGCUGGAUGACCUGGAACAGUGGAUACAGGAGCGUGAAGUUGUGGCAGCCUCCCAUGAACUGGGCCAGGACUAUGAGCAUGUGACUAUGCUUCGGGACAAAUUCCGAGAGUUCUCCAGGGACACCAGCACCAUUGGCCAGGAGCGAGUAGACAGUGCCAAUGCUCUGGCCAACGGGCUCAUUGCUGGGGGCCAUGCUGCACGGGCCACUGUGGCCGAGUGGAAGGAUGGUCUCAAUGAGGCCUGGGCUGACCUGCUGGAGCUGCUGGACACAAGAGGUCAGGUGCUGGCUGCUGCUUACGAGCUGCAGCGCUUCCUGCAUGGGGCCCGCCAAGCCCUGGCACGGGUACAGCACAAGCAGCAGCAGCUUCCAGAUGGGACUGGCCGCGACCUAAAUGCUGCAGAGGCCCUGCAGCGCCGGCACUGUGCCUACGAGCACGACAUCCAAGCCCUCAGCACUCAGGUCCAGCAGGUUCAAGAUGAUGGCCAGAGGCUACAAAAGGCCUAUGCUGGAGACAAGGCCGAGGAAAUUGGCCGUCACAUGCAGGCAGUGGCUGAGGCCUGGGCCCAGCUCCAGGGAAGUUCUGCUGCCCGCCGUCAGCUGUUACUGGAUACCACGGACAAAUUCCGAUUCUUCAAGGCUGUCCGGGAGUUGAUGCUGUGGAUGGAUGGGAUUAACCUGCAGAUGGAUGCGCAGGAGCGGCCCCGGGAUGUGUCCUCCGCAGAUUUAGUCAUCAAAAACCAACAAGGCAUCAAAGCAGAGAUAGAGGCCAGAGCAGACAGGUUCUCCUCCUGCAUUGACAUGGGGCAGGAGCUGCUAGCCCGCAGCCACUAUGCUGCUGAGGAGAUCUCAGAGAAGCUGUCUCAGCUACAGUCCCGGCGCCAGGAGACAGCUGACAAGUGGCAGGAGAAGAUGGACUGGCUACAGCUUGUUUUGGAGGUGCUUGUGUUUGGGAGAGAUGCAGGGAUGGCAGAGGCCUGGCUAUGCAGUCAGGAGCCAUUGGUGCGGAGUGCAGAACUGGGUUGCACUGUGGAUGAAGUAGAGAGCCUCAUCAAGCGGCACGAAGCCUUCCAGAAGUCAGCAGUGGCCUGGGAAGAGCGUUUCAGUGCGCUGGAGAAGCUCACUGCGCUGGAAGAGCGGGAGAAUGAGCGGAAAAGGAAGAGAGAGGAGGAGGAGCGGAGGAAACAGCCCCCUUCAGAGCCCAUGGCUAGUCAGCCCGAAGGGAGUCUGGUAGAUGGCCAGAGAGUUCCUGACACUGCCUGGGAUGGGACCCAGUCAAAAUUGCCACCAUCCACACAAGCACCCAGUGUUAAUGGGGUCUGUACGGACACCGAGUCCUCACAGCCCCUAUUGGAACAGCAAAGACUUGAACAGAGCAAUGUCCCAGAAGGACCUGGAUCUGGCACAGGAGACGAGUCCAGCGGGCCCCGGGGAGAAAGGCAGACCCUUCCCCGGGGCCCUGCUCCUUCUCCAAUGCCCCAGAGCAGAUCAUCUGAAUCAGCUCAUGUUGCCACCCUGCCCACCCGAGGUCCCGAGCUCUCUGCUCAGGAGCAGAUGGAAGGGGUGCUGUGCCGCAAACAAGAGAUGGAAGCCUUCAACAAGAAAGCUGCCAACAGGUCCUGGCAGAAUGUGUACUGUGUACUUCGGCGUGGGAGCCUCGGCUUUUACAAGGAUGCCAGGGCAGCUAGUGCAGGAGUGCCAUACCAUGGAGAAGUGCCUGUCAGUCUGGCCAGGGCCCAGGGCAGUGUGGCCUUUGAGUAUCGGAAACGCAAACAUGUCUUCAAGCUGGGCCUACAGGACGGGAAAGAAUACCUGUUCCAGGCCAAGGAUGAGGCAGAGAUGAGCUCAUGGCUGAGAGUGGUAAAUGCAGCCAUUGCCGCUGCAUCCUCUGCCUCUGGAGAGCCAGAAGAGCCAGUGGUGCCCAGUGCCAGCCGAGGUCUGACCCGGGCCAUGACCAUGCCCCCAGUGUCACAGCCUGAGGGCUCCAUCGUGCUUCGCAGCAAGGAUGGCAGAGAAAGAGAACGAGAAAAACGAUUCAGCUUCUUUAAGAAGAACAAGUAGUUGGGGCAAGACUCCCAGGCCAGCUCCCUCCCUCUGUUCAGGAAACUGCCAGGGACUGUGGACAGAGACCACCCUCUUGGCAGGACAACUACCUGCUGCUAGGGUCUGCUGCUAAGGUCAAGCCAUCACCAGGAACUGUCACUGGGGACAAAUGAGUGUUCCGACAACCUUCUCUUCUGCUAUUUAAUUCAACUGGUGGUGGGACCCGGGCUACCCCUCAUACUACCCUUUCCCACCUUGUCACCUCUUCCCAAGCCUUAUACCUCUAUCCGCCCUGCCGCACCCCCCACACCAUGGUGCAGAUAGUGUCACCCUCAAUGUGGGCUAUGUGGGAACCAUUGCCCCUGCCUCAGGGUCAUUGUGCCACCACAGCUAGGGUGUGUGCCAUCCACCAUUCAGUUCUUAGCCUCUGGGAUCAGCCAGGACCCUCAGAGCUGAAGCAGGCAGGACCUGAGGGCAGGAGCACCAGAUGAUGGAGGCGGAGGCGCUGAAGCCUUCCUUGCCUAUCCUGCCUCACCCUCUGACUCAAGGGGCUGCUUGUUUCCAGCCACUCUAGGUGGCUCCCAAGUGUGAGUUGUUCAAGAGUAGCCACAUCCUUGAGUCUACCCAAGGAGGUGAUUAAACAGCUCGGCUUCUCUCACUGC